UUAAAACUCAUACCUGUUUCUCCAGCACGACAAAACGAGUUUGGCUAAACUACUAUGGCGAAGACGCAUUUUAAUAUUUAUGAGCUACAAGUUAUCUUUAAAAUACUGUCACUGUACGUCACGAGUACCUCGUUAAUAUUCACGAGCGUUAGCCUACCAUUGGACGUGGAGAAAUGAAUAUUCAAUAUUCAUGACGCACGCCUUCGCCAUAGCAGGAUCUGUAAUUUCCCGUCAAACGGCGCUCAGAGAAAUCUCUGCUGGGUGUGUUUUUGCGCGAAACGCGAACUGUUUUUAUUGACCUCAUCACUUUCGCCUGUUUAUGUCGUGAGAAGAUUCUUCUUAUCAGCCAUUCUAACAGUAAACUUUGUGGAAAGCGAGGGUUUUGGAGCACUCAACCGUGGCCUGAGCAUUUCACUAGUGCAUGGAGAAAACAAACCAGUGUCACCAAUGUCACGGAUGUUCAUCCUGUCUGCUGCGCUCAGUGUGGCCCUUUCUCAUCUAACCUGGGGUCAAAACUGCUCAGAUCACUGCAAAGCAUGUGGAGGGCCAGAGAACAACCAGUGUCUUCAGUGCCAAACCGGAUUCAUCCUGCAUGACAACCUGUGUGUGGACAUUGACGAAUGCGGGACUGAUCUGGAUCAAUGUCCUCACAACACAUACUGCUUCAACACACGGGGCUCUUAUGAAUGCAAAGGCUGUGAUAAGGCUUGUGUUGGCUGUAUGGGUGGAGGAGCCGCUCGCUGUAAGAAAUGUGCUCCUGGUUACAGAUCUUCAGGCCUGAGAUGCAUGGAUGUAGAUGAGUGCGGUGAGGAGGUUUUAGCCUGCGCUGGACUCAAUGUGUUCUGUGUGAAUACUGAAGGCUCUUUCCAGUGUCAGUGUGCGGAGGGAUUCACUCGCAGAGAGCAGAACUGUGAGAGACAACAGACCUCAGCGUCUGCAGAAAAGGGUCUGUUUGACGAUAUUCAGGAGGAUGAGCUGAUGGUCCUGCAGCAGAUGUUUUUCGGGGUUGUGUUGUGUGCGCUAGCCACAUUAGCGGCUAAAGGAGAUCUGGUGUUCACCUCUAUCUUCAUGGGAGCGGCGGCGGCAAUGGCUGGAUACUGGCUGUCUGAUAAGAGCGACAGGCUGAUAGACACCUUCAUGAAGGGCAGAUAAAGACACAACAGCAUUCAACCACUACAGAAUGCUUUCAAGAAGGUUUCUUCAACGUUAACAUUCAUUCAUUUUCCUUCGGCUUACGACUGAUUUUUACUUCUGCGUUGAGUGAUCAGUGUGACCCACUGUGGCUGCUUUGCGCAUAGUAGCAUGUAUACUUCUGCGUGCUGUUUGUUUUGCUUUGCAAUAACACUCCCAAAAAUCUA